GGAACAGCAGCGUAUCCGCAGCGCGCCAGACGCCCUGCCUUCAACAGUUUCUCAGGCAGCACGAAAAAGCAUUCGCGGGUAACGUGAAACAGGAGUUGUUUUCCGUCUCGGAAGUGAGUCUGUAUCGUCAGGAUCAGAAGGAGUUGGAGUUGCUGAAAACGACGAAAUUGAAUGACAGCGGUAAUACUAGUACAACUGCUUCUGCUUUGAUGAACCUGAACGCGAGCAGCACUGGAGGAGGACUGCAGACAGAAAGACAUGGUCAACAUCAACCAGUUACGACCCUCACGGAAGCUUUCGAAGAACCCGACCUGUCCCUCGCGGCUUUUGAGCGGAUUGACUUUUCGCAGACGGCGGUACAAAAGAGAACGAUUUUUGUUCCGGGCACGAUUGUGGUCAUGCCCGAGGCGGUGGAGAACCCCGAGCUGCUUAUCACAAACAACUCCGAGGCACGACUUGUCAAGAAGGACCCGAGUGUCCUCAUGGACCGUCAGGAGUACACGAAAAUUCGUUUACAGGACGAAGAGGAGAAGCAUUUUGCUCUGGCGACGAAAAUUCGACAAGAAGUACAAGCCAUUCAAGCGGCAUUGGAUAAAGUAACCGAAAAGUGGAGGAAGAAAAUGUGCAAAAAGAUCAAGACCGAUUGGAAAAGGGAAUUAGACAAGGUGCAAAGGGAGGAAGAAGUACCACCAGCGCACGGCCGCAAUGUAUUGCUGUCCUGCCUCAAGAAAAAAACCCAGAGGAACCGGAAAAUCGGCCUCCCCCUUUCUAUCAAAUGCAAAAAUGUCUGGGUCGGGAAGAAUGCAAGAUUUGUCAUGCAUAUUUUUCAUGACCCAUGAUGCCUGUAAUGCAUGACCUAGCAUCGCAGACUUUUAGAGGGCUUCCUGAUGCACCUUCCGCAUGAAAAGCGCCCUGUCCGUGUAGUAAAAAGAAAAACUGUACCCCCCUUGCUGGUCAUGCAAUACAAAUUUUGUUAGAGUCCAAAAACAGCAUGACAAGUUCCAUUCUUCCAGACCCAGACAUUUUUACAUUCCAUACUCUCACUGCGCCGACAAAUCAAGCAGUGUCAGGACCUUUGCGAAAAGCAACUGCAAGCGGUCACGAGGAAACUCUACAAACUCGCGCCCGAAACUUGCAGGCUGCGCCGGCAAAUUGACAAGCUGAAGCUGAAAAGGCGGGAUAUCUUGCAAAAUACGCAGUUUGACCGAAGUGAUGAGGACGUGGCUUUCUUCCUGCUGCAAGAGCUCGAGUUUCU